GAAAACAUUUUCUACAGCAGAUUAAAAGGGGUUUCAUUGGGGUUUUACCUUUGUAAAUUAGUGACAGCUGAUUCAAGGAUUUAUAUUGUCAAACCAGUAGAAAAAUGCCACAAAUUUGGAACUCUGGUCCCGGUACAUGUGAGAGAAGAAACAAGUACAACAUGACACAAUUUACAAUACUUUACACAACAAUAUUCUACUAAUACUUACAAAAAUAUAAGUAAAGAAAUUAUUUUAGGGCCAAAUAAAUACCAUAUAACUAUCUAAAAAUAUUCAAAUUUGAAUCAAAUUAUUCUAUAUACAUGGACACACACACAAGGAAGCCGAAUCAGGACACAUCAGUCAUAAAGAGCUCAACAGUCUGACAGCUUCAGGGAACCAGCUGUUUCUAGGUCUAUGGUGGGAUAAGAUGAAGUUGAGCAACAACCUUUAUUAGAGUUCUGCAAAUGAGUUCAAAGGACAGAACAGCCAGGAGUUUAAAUCCUUAAAACAUUAGGAGGCAUUUUCUAGACUAGUUUUCUUAUUAUGUAAAAACACUUUAAACCGUAUCUUCAAAAAUAAGAGAAGUGGGAAAACAGCAAGUGAAACCAAAAAAUAAAAAAAAAAACCCUGAUAUUUAUACACCAAGCCUCUCCCUUUUCCCCAUGACAACCCUCUUCAGAGAAGAGGUGGAGCAGAGCUCACUUUAGAUAAAGGUGCUCCAGCCUUCAUUCCGGACAAAGCCACCAUGAGGGCAUCACUGCAGGUCUGUGUUUUCCUGUUCCUUCCUACCUGCUUUUCAAACCCUGUGAGUCGGCCCACCAACUGGCUCAGACAAUGCCGUGCCUCCACCAACCUCUCCCUCACGGCCCUGGAGGUGCUGCCCGGCGGAGGCUGGGACAACCUGCGGAACGUGGAUAUGGGUCGAGUCAUGAAUUUCAGCUUCUCCGAAUGCCAGACCACCGAAGACGGGCUCUACCUCAUCCCGGAUGAGGUGUUUGUCAUUCCCUACAAGGAGACGGGCGUGGAGACCAGCUCGGAGAUCAUCAACUCCUGGCUGGAUCAGAAAAGCUCGACAGCUGCCUCCAUAAACGCUGAUAUUUCUUUUCUCCCUGUGCUGAAUGCCAAGUUUUCCGUUGAGAUUACAAGAAUGAAAACCCAUCAGGUCAAGGACUCCUCAACUACAGCCAGAGUGCAAGUGCGAAAUUUCAUCUACACGGUGAAGUCCUACCCAGACUUCACUCUGGAUUCCCGCUUUGCCAAUCAGGUGAAGGAAAUCGCAGAUGCUAUUGAAAACAACCAGACGAGGCGUGCAGACUACCUCUCAGAAAAGAUGGUGGUGGACUUUGGCACACAUGUAAUCACAAGUGUUGAUGCCGGAGCCUCUUUGUCACAGGAAGACUACCUUCGUUCCUCUUACGUCUCCGACAGCAUCUCGGACAGUUCCUCAAUUAAAGCAUCGGCUGGACUGAACUUUUUUGACAAGCUGAAGUUUGACAUCAGCAGCCAAAAUACCCAAAGUAGCUCAACUCUUCAAACCUACCAGUCCAACAUUCAGUACUCCAUCAUUCAAAGCCAUGGAGGCAUCCCUUUUUAUCCUGGCAUCUCUUUGCAGAAGUGGCAAGAGAGCACCAAAAACAACCUGGUUGCCAUUGACCGUUCAGGAGUUCCCCUCCACUACUUGAUCAACAGCAAUACGAUCCAAGACCUGCCACAGCCUACUGUUAACAAAGUGGCUCUGUCGGUGAGUCAGGCCAUAGAGCGUUACUACAGGAUCAACACCCGACCCGGCUGUGUAGACCUCAACUCCAAGAACUACAACUUCCAAGCCAAUGUUGAUGAUAAUUCCUGUGAGGGUCCUGCCACAAACCUUAGCUUUGGGGGUGUCUACCAAACGUGCACAAAACUGAGCUCAGAUGCAGAUCCACUAUGUGAAGAACUGGCCCAGAAAAACCCAAACACAGGAGAGUUCUCCUGCCGCUCCCCGUACUCCCCAACGUUACUGCGGUCUGAAGUAAGACAGAGGGGUUACACAACUUAUGACUGCUAUGACGUCCGUUAUUCCUGUGGAUUCCUGGGUUUGUUUUCUUGCCACAGAAAACAAUGCCAAGACAACUAUCAUGUCCGCAGUGCUCGUAUCAUGACCUACUGGUGCUCUGUUAAUGGGAAAGCUCCAGAAAAUUCUGGGUUUCUGUUUGGAGGCAUUUACAGCCCCUCCUCUUCAAAUCCUAUUACCAAUGCUAAAAGCUGUCCUCCAAACUACAUCCCGUUGACAUUUUUUUCAGAUGGACAAAAGAUCUGUGUGAGUCAAGACUAUGAAUUAGCUACCAGAUUUUCUGUCCCAUUUGCAGGUCUGUUCAGUUGUGAAUCAGUCAACCCUCUGGCUAACAACCAACGCAGGUGCCCUCCCAAGUUCAGCCAACACCUCGCGACAGUCAGCGAUGGUUGUGAAAUCCUUUACUGCGUCCAGUCUGGGUUGUUUACUGGUGGGAAUCUACUACCAAUCCACCUGCCCCCUUUCACCAAACCCCCACUGGUCAGUAUGCAAGCAACCAACACGGUGAUGGUGAUGACUGAAGGAGACAGCAGCUGGGUCAGAAUUGGGCAGACAAAGGCAUGGAAACUGGCCAGACCAGAGGAGAUCCGUAAGAUAAUGAAGGAGCUUCACCCAGAGCUGAAUGAGAUGUCGGGCGGGCAGAAAGCAGGCAUAGCAUUUGGGGUGAUAGGUUUGAUGGUGCUGAUUGUCAUCACGGUGGUGGUUUUGAGGAGGAGGAGGGGGUCUAGUUCUAGAGCAGGCUAUGAGGAACUAAUCAGUGAUGUGAGGAGCGAAACACAGCAGGAAGUCCCAUAAAAUUGAGGUUAUGCUGGAGACAAAAAAGAUUUAAGAUACUUUCAUAAUUAAUAGAUAAUCUCAAGGGUUGCAUCAUGCUAGCAUUUUUAAACUAUGUAUUUUUCUUUCCUGUAACCCUUGUGCUAUCCUAGGCAUGUUUACAUUAAAAGUGGGGUCAUCUGGACCCAACAAGACAGCACGCUGAACUUUUUUUUUCCAAGGAUUUUUUUGAUCUUCACUAGUGUCCAUGGCAGACAUAAAAUCCAGUUCACCUUUGUCAUUGGAGGGAUCAAGCAUUAAUAUAAGGGUGGGGUCAUCUGGACCCCAUAAGAUAGCACAAGGCUUAAAAAAAGCAUAUUAAAGGAGAUUGUGGCAUUUUUCAACAAGGGGAAUGUCUGAGGUAUUUGCAGGCUUCAGCAAGAAUCAUUGCUGCCAUCAUGUGGUAAGGAGUGAUCAUUUCAUGUGUUUGGCACCAAUAUUUAUUUUCUUAUGGUUUCAUUCUCAGUAAACUAUGCACAUGAAAAAUGAAUGUUAAACUAUAUAUAAUUUUGCAGCUGUCUAUAAGCUUUUGUACAAAUGUAUUGAUUGUAAUGAUUUAAAAUAAAGUUACAAUUUUUACUUAA